GGCAUGCUGUCGUUUGAGAAAAUGCCAGGCGUCUUUUCUUACGAGAGCUCUGCAGUGGACUGGUGUGAAGAUAACUACAAGCAUUCGGAUAAUGUUGUCGAAUACUUCAACACGAUGAGUAACUUCGUCUUUUUCGUGGUCGCUCCCAUAAUGCUCUACCUGAUGCACCCUUAUGCCAGGGAGCGAAACCUGGCGAUCCACCUGGUCUGGCUAAUGAUGAUCUUUGUGGGGCUCUUCUCCGUAUACUUUCACAUGACUCUGAGCUUCGUGGGCCAGAUGUUGGAUGAGCUGUCUAUCCUGUGGGUGUUGGCCAUCGGCUAUUCCCUCUGGUUUCCACGCAAACACUUCCCGUCGUUUGUCAGGGACAGAACCUCCUUCUCACGCCUGGUCCUGGUCAUCACAGCCACCAGCACGGUGUCAUCGUUCAUCAAGCCGACGGCCAACGCCUACGCCCUCAACUGCUUCGCUCUGCACAUCCUCUACUCUGUGUGCAUGGAACUGAAGGGCUGUACAGACCAGCGGGUGCUGCGUCUGGCCUGGGCCUCCUUUGGUCUGUGGGUGCUGGCCAUUUCCUGCUGGAUAAGCGAUCGGUUCGGGUGCAGCUUCUGGCAAAAGAUCAACUUUUGCUAUUUGCAUGGCAUCUGGCACAUUCUAAUCGUGGUUGCCACAGCAUAUGGCAGCACUCUCAUCGCAUACCUGGAUGCCAGCGUGGAGAUCCCCCACUCACUACCUGACCUGCAGUACUGGCCCCAGGACUCCUGGGCCCUUGGCCUGCCCUACAUCGUCCUCAAAAGCCACACCAAGACCCGCAAGAGGUGCUAG